GCCAAAAAGAAUUAAGUUGAUCGGGAAUUAUGAAGUACUUCAAUUCAACAGUUUGGUAAAUUGAAAUUUGGAAACAGAAUUAUGUGCAGGAAAAAUUUACAGAUUCGAUACGAUUGAAUUCAAUUCAAAUACUUCUUCAUACGUACACGGAGCAUAAAAUUUCUAUACAAAUCCGUAUAGUAUGAAUCUACGGUCACUCAGUUUUGACUUUUUUCAGGAUGAUUCUAAUUGCUUAAUUAAACCGCUACUCGAGUUCGGCAAACCGGACACGUCCGGUUUUUGCUCAGCCACUUAACUAUGCAUUUAUGGUGAAACUUAUGCGAACAAAACGGCCCUAACGGCGUGAUAACGUCCCCUUCCUUGUACUCAUCCAAACAGACGGAACAAACCUCCUUGUUAAACCUCUCCGUCUUCAAACGGGAAACCUCUGUUUCCGACAGCCCUGGCCCUGUUUCGAUGGAGUCGCCGCCCAUACUUUCCGGCACCGAUCCGGAACUAUAAAAAAUCGGCUCGAAACGCCCCAUCAUUUCGGAAACGAAAAUCACCCCAUGAAUCUUCUCCAGGACGGUGGACAUGGACAAUCCGAAACGCACAUCACCGCCGACGCGAAUCAUGACAAGAGCGAACGCCACCAUCCGGCGGGCGAUAUCGCCGGCGGAGACCGGGUUGACGGGGAAGACGGUGGCGAGGUCGUUGGAAAUCCUAGAUGCAGCGUCGUCAGGGGAGGAGAAAACGAGUUGAGGGUCCAUGGUAUGGUUGAAGGAAUUGUCCCCAACCGGGACGAGCCGCAAUUCCCCAGAAGGCAUAACGAGAAUGGAUUUGGUGAUCAUUCUAGUACGCAAUUCUCCGCGGGUCGGGUCGUCCGUGGCAGUUCCUUCCAUGCGCGCGAUUCUUAGCGCCGCCAUAGCUGAUGAGUGCUCCAUCUUGCAGAGAUCGAAAAUAGGAAGUGUGAGAUAAUCAACGUUAAUUGCUCUCUCCAUCAUUAGUUUCUCA